AUGCAUUUCAUCAAGGCUGCCAUCUCCCUCUUUACUCUCGCCGGCUUCGCCAUGGCCCAGCAUGACCAGUCUGGUCUCGCUGCCCGUGAGGCCUACCAAGAGUACCUCGCAGAGCGCAACGAGUAUGAGUACCAUAUGGAGCGAGACCUCGCCACUCGUGGUCCAAGAUAUCAAUGUAUAUUUUCUCACAUUCAUGACGGAUAUCAGUGCGCUCUCUAUGGUGUUACCCCCAUGUGCCCUUGCUCGAAGAGCCAGAGGGGCCAAAAAUGCAAAUGUUAA